UUGCAAAACAUUCAUCCAUAUUCAACAACAAACUCCAACGAACUAAUCAUGUCGGCUCCAAAAUCUAUAGAAUUGGGGGAUGUAACCUAUGAUGACUCAUCUGACAAUAUUGGUGUUCUUUAUCAAUUUGAAAGAAUUAAUGUGAAUGUCGAUGGUAAUAUUAUGUAUGAGUUGCGGAAAUUCGGUUACGAUGAAAAUGUGAAAACGCAUGGAUUUCUUCACGACCAGAAUGAUAAUCUUGUUGCGUUGGUAUAUGAACGCGUGUAUCCUGGCUCAAAUGAAGCCAUAGUUGCUACUGGGGUCGCUGGAGCUUCUGGGGGCGCUGGAACUGUUGGAACUGUUGGAGCUGUUGGUACUGUUGGAACUGUUUCUGGUGGUCGGAAACAUGAUCGCAUUUGGAAAGAGUUAUGGGGCGUUUUCAAGCCUUGGAUCGAAAUUUCCAUUAUUAGUACUAUCGUUGUUUGUGAAAUCAUAGUUUCGAUUGACAAAAUCAGAGGUAACUAG